AUGGACAGCUGCCGCUGGUGCUUGCCGGCGCGUGGGACGAGGGCGCCGGUGCCGAAGGAGGGGGGCGGGUACCGCGGCAACCACUACAUGCUCUUCGUUGUGGACGCAGUCACGGGAUGGAUGGCCUGCUACGCCAUGCGGCGUAGGUCGGAGGCGCUGAGGGUCGUCAAGCGCAUGGUCGUGGAUGCCGCCCACAAGGCUGGUACCGCGAUCAAGUGCAUCCGCUGCGACUGCGAUGCCCUCUGGACCAGCGGCGACUUCAAGGAGUUCUGUGCCAGCAUGGGGAUCGCGCUCGAGUACUCCCCUCCCGGAGUGCAGCAGUACAACGGCGUCGUCGAGAGCGCCAUCCAGAGGUGCCUCAAGGUGGCCAAGGCAUCCCGCCGGGCCGCCCAGGAGCUGCUUGGCCCCGCAGGAUUUUCUCGUGUCCGCGGGCUGAGUGUUCGUGGCGAUGAGCUCUGGGCGGAGUCCGCAAAAGACGCCGCGCAGAGGCUGAACCAGUCAGCAUCUCCUUCCAACCCCGGAGGUGCGUCGCCGCAGGAACUCUACACCGGCAAAGGAGGCCCUUUCCGCUUGAUCCCGUUCUUCCAGUACGGUUUCAUGUGGGAGCGGCCCGCGACGAAAAUGGACGACAGGGCCGUGCCGUGUUUAUUCCUCAACGCCGGGGACAACCACGCCGACGUCACGGUUAACGUGCUCAAAGAGAGGACCGCCCACGUGUGCUACACAUUCGAUGUGGCGUGGGCGACGCUCCCGCCGUCGGGGGGGGGGGGGGGGGGGGGGAGAGCUA